UUACCAUUUGCUUUCAGCAAAUCUUCGUAAUCUGCGUGUGAAAAAGUUACUCUUGUAGGACAUCAAUUCUUUUACAUCUAAAACCUUCUUUCAAAGUAAAAAUCCUUAGCAAUGGCAAACCAAUUAAGAUUACCUUUUUUCAGCUUCAACCAUCUUACAAUAUACCUCAUUUUGCUACUAUCACAAUCCCAGCAAAUUUUCUCAACAUGUCGCAAUUUCUGUAACAACAUUCCUAUAAAUUACCCAUUUAGCAUCGACGAUGGUUGUGGCACGCCACAAUAUCGCCACAUGCUAAAUUGCUCAGCCACUGAUUUAUUCUUCCUAACACCAUCAGGAAAUUACAAAGUCCAAUCCAUAGAUUAUGACAAAAAAACUAUGACCAUUUUCGAUCCGUCGAUGUCCACUUGUUCUAUCUUACAACCUCACCAUGACUUCAAAAUGUCAGAAAUUCAAUCAGCUAUAAUCCCACCUUCACCUGAUACAAUUUUCAUUCUCAUGAAUUGCUCUAUUGAUUCACCAGUUCUUAACCAUUACAAGUCAGUCUGUUUUAAUUUCUCUGGUCAUUCUUGUGACGAACUUUACGGAUCGUGCACUUCGUUUAAGUUGUUUCAUUUGCUGUCAAAUAGUACACCGGCUUGUUGUUUUACGAGUUAUGAGACGGUGAAAUAUAUGAGUAUGGAUAUAUUGGAUUGUACACAUUAUACGAGUGUGUAUAAUUCGGAUAAAUUGGAGGGAGUUGGACCUUUGGAUUGGCUUUAUGGGAUGAAGUUGUCAUUUAGUGUUCCGGAUACAGGAUGUGAACGUUGUGAUAAAUCUGGUGGAACUUGUGGAUUUGAUGUGGAGACUGAGAUGGCACAAUGUAUUUGCUCAAGCACUAGUAACUCGACAAGAGAUUGUGCUGGGGGCAGAGAAUCAAACUUUGCUGAGAGUUACAGAGCAUCCUCAUUUCCACAACUACAACUACUGUACAUCUUGGCUCUUGGGGCCAUUUCUUACCCUAUCGUAUUGAGAGGAUGAGUUUUUUCUAUAAGUUGAUCUGUUGAUUGUUUUCUUCUUCUCUUUCUGUAUUUUAUCUUUCUAAACUAGUUGUAGACAUUUAAAUUUUAUUGGAUUUAAAUCCAUAAAAUUAUUUGGACUGUA